UUUCUAUUAUUGUAUUGUUAUAAUAAUAUUGCCUCAGUAUCAUCCGAUAUUGAAGUGAAUGUUGGCAUUCCUUCUCUGUAUGGUCGCAUGUAUGAUGAAGACUGCGUAAGGUGACUGAAUGAGACUCAAGAACUGCCUGUGCUUUCUUAGGCUACUCUGCUCCGACGAACGUUUGUGGGAGGACUGUUAUGCGUCUGUGCGGAUGUCGAGUCUGAAGCUAUAGCUCGUCUAGAAUAAGGGGUUUAAAUUAAGAACUAAGCGGGCGACCUGCUCAAGGGUGAGGGAGGGUGACUGUUUUGUAUCUUGCUCGACCAGGAGGAGGGGGAGGAGGGAGGACGGAUAAUGAGCUAUUCUUGUACUAACACAGGCAAGAGCCAGGACCCAUCUAGCGCUAAGAAGUCCGGUGGUAAUAAUCCCGGCAGUUGCGGUGGUAGCGGAGAAACCAGCAGCAGCAUCAACAACAGCCACAAUAAUCGCGGUAGCCAGGCGAACGCGAAUCCCAAUUCAGCCGAGGCGAUGAAAGUCAAGGUGGGCUGCAACACGACAGACGUCGGGGUACCAGUUACCACGGAGGAGGAAUUGCAGGCAAACACGAUAAUUACACCCGAGGAUGUAUUGGGUUUACAGAAGAUCACUCAAAACUACCUGUGUGGCCCAGAGGACAAUGUGUACAACAUCGACUUCACAAGAUUUAAGAUCCGGGACAUGGAGACAGGAACAGUCUUGUUUGAGAUCACCAAGCCUCCCUCCUCCAACAAAGCAGACAAGCGAGACGUGGACCCAAACGCUGGGCGUUUUGUACGGUACCAGUUCACCCCUGCGUUCCUGAAACUACGCCAAGUCGGAGCCACUGUGGAGUUCACAGUGGGCGACAUCCCAAUCAAUAACUUCCGCAUGAUCGAGAGGCACUACUUCCGGGAGCAGCUCCUGAAAAGCUUCGACUUUGAGUUUGGGUUCUGCAUCCCCAGCAGCAAGAACACCUGUGAGCACAUCUAUGAGUUCCCUCCAAUCUCCGAGGACACCAUGCGUGAAAUGAUCCUCCACCCUUACGAGACACAAUCGGACAGCUUCUACUUCGUGGACAACAAGCUGGUCAUGCACAACAAAGCAGACUACUCUUACAGCGGGGGACCCUAGACGUCUGUGUGCUGUGUAGGGAUGGGGAUAGGAGGGAGGUCAGCUGGGCAGUCAGGGAAGACCUUAGGACCAAUCAUAUGCCAUGUGUCCACCACCACUCAUUGGCGAGUAUUUAUGUUUCCACCAUCACUUUGGCUCACUGACUUGCAGUAUAAAAACAAAACAAAACAAAAACAAAAAACAUGCGGCUGUUUUUAUGGUGACCUGGGGCUAAUGACGUAAAACACAACCGCUAGUCACACAUGUACUUGUACAUAUCGGCUCUUUUUAGUCAUCCACUGCCAUAGAUCACUGAACACCAGCAUAUGUUGAAGUCCUUAUGUGUGGGACUCGCUGUAGUAUGCAAGAUCUAUGUGUGUCUAAGGGCUGAGGAUGGGCUAGUGUUGUCUAUUAGAGUUCUGUGCGUGAGGUACAAUGUAUUGUGACUGGUUCUUUGGUUAAUAUGAAAGUGGAGGUUUCAUCCCCCAACUUCCCAUUGGAGUAGUUUUUUGAUUUCAAAGAAAAAAAAAACUCUCCUGAUUACUUGAUAUGAAAUUGACUGCGCCACUGUGUGUGUGUGUGUGUGUGUGUGUGUGUGUGUGUGUGUGUGUGUGUGUGUGUGUGUGUGUGUGUGUGUGUGUGUGUGU